UAAUGUUUACUAACAAAUACCACAGUUAGUGUCCUGUAGUUAGUAAAACCAUAGUUAAUAUUCGUAAGGAUGGAGGUCCGUUAUAUGAAAUGAUGCGCUCUGCCACAAGCGGCGCUGCGUAUUUUCCUCCGUCAGCCGACAGACGCGACGGGAGGAGGCGAGCGCGCUCUCCAUCACCCGGACAAACCCCAUGCGAACCGGCCUCGAGACCCAGCGGCAGUCGCUCUUUAUCAACCACCGCGUCCAGCAAAGGACCUGAUGGCGAGCAGGCGCGUUUGGUGAGGGUGCGAGGCGCGGCCGCUGUUCGUGGUGCUGAAACUGCGGCCUCGGGGACGGAUGCGCUUUGGGAAACCGAGGAGAGGACCGAACGCCCUCCGCCCUCUGACGUGCGUCGCUCGCUGCGCUUCCCGUGCGUCCGGAGAGACGCGUCGCCGGAGCGGCCCGGCGCUGGUGCGAGGGGGAGAGUGAAUGAGAGCGAGGCCGCUGCGAAAGGAGAGGACUCGGGCUGUGGCCAGGCCUUUUGGGGCGGGGGCUGCUGUCUGCAGUCGGAGCUUAGACAGUUUCACAUCAACAAGCGCGUGAGGAGAAGCGGAGGGAUGCAGCGCGAGGCGUCGGCAGAGACGCAGCCGGGAUCCGCCGCGCAGGCCGCUAGCGAGCUCGUGACACAGCAGAAUGAAGCCCUGCAGGACGAGAUCGAGAGACUGGAGGACGAAAACGAAGAGCUUAAGAAUGAGAUCGAGGAGAUGCGGACGGAGAUGGACGAGAUGCGCGACACCUUUUAUGAGGAGGACACCUGUCAGCUUCAAGACAUGCGGCGCGAGCUGGAGCGAGCCAACAAGAACUGCCGCAUCCUGCAGUACAGACUCCGCAAGGCCGAACGCAAACGUCUGCGCUAUGCUCAAAGCGGCGAGAUAGAUGAAGAUCUGCUGAGGAGUUUAGAGCAGGACCUAAAGGUUGCCAAGGAUGUGUCUGUGAGACUUCACCAUGAGCUGGAGAGCGUGGAGGAGAAACGGACAAAAACUGAAGAUGAAAACGAGCGGCUGAGACAGAAACUCAUAGAGGUGGAAGUCACCAAACAGGCUCUGCAGAAUGAGCUGGAUAAAGCCAAAGAGUCUCAGAAACGAAGGGGCAGCAAAGAUGCACAGAAACCCGAGAGGAAGAUUCAGACACCUACCGAGGAGGACAACGAUGACCUAAAAUGCCAGCUGGCCUUCAUAAAAGAGGAGGCCAUUUUAAUGAGAAAGAAAAUGGCAAAGAUCGACAAAGAAAAGGAUCGUUUAGAACAGGAGCUCCAAAAGUAUCGCUCCUUCUACGGAGAUCUGGACAGCCCUCAUCCGAAGGGUGAAGCCGGCGGUCCCCCCACCACCCGAGAAUCCGAACUGAAACUGCGCUUACGACUGGUGGAAGAGGAAGCCAAUAUCCUAGGCCGCAAAAUCGUGGAGCUGGAGGUGGAGAACCGUGGCCUGAGGGCGGAGCUUGAUGACCUCAGAGGGGAGGAGUCGUCCAAUGGCAGUCUGUCGGGAGCGCAGGGAGGAAUGGGACGCGAGCAGGGCUCUGAGCAGUCCGAGCUCAGACAGCAACUUCAGCUGGUGGAGGACGAAGCGGAACUUCUGCGGAGGAACCUGGCCGAUGUAGAAGAGCAGAAUAAGAGGGUGACGUGCGAGUUAAACAAACUGCGUUUUAAAGAGGGGAUGAGACACGCCUCUGGGAACGCGUCGGGUGGGGCCAUGAGAGCGGGAGACAAAUCCGAGGCCUUGCAGGAGGAGCUGAAGGCCGCUAGAAAGCAAAUCAACGAACUGAGCGGGAAAGUCAUGCAACUGCAGUACGAGAACCGUGUGCUGCUGUCCAAUAUGCAGCGAUACGACCUCGCAUCUCAUUUAGCCAUCACCCCACGUGACAGUGAUGCGGAGAGCGACGGCGCUCCUGGAAACGGGGGCCGCAGAGGAAGCGACGACGACUCCUCCCGCCUCACUCCCCAUCGUAAACGCGAGGGGCCCGUCGGAGGAGAGAGCGACUCGGAGGAAGUCCGCAACGCACGCUGCCUCACUCCAACCCGCUCUCUGUAUACGCCCGACUCCGCCCGUCUUCUGUCACGCUCUAUACGGGACAGGCAACAGAUGAUCGACAUCCGUGCAGAAGCGGAGCGCUUGGGUCGGACCAUCGACCGAGUCAUAGCCGACACGAGCAACAUCAUAGCAGAGGCGAGGGUGUUUGUGGCCAACGGUGAUCUUUUUGGGCGAAUGGAGGACGAUGACGAUGGAGGCCGGAUCAGGGAGCACGAGUUACUCUACCGGAUCAACACUCAGAUGAAGACCUUCAGGAAGGAGCUGCAGGGGUUUAUAGACCGUCUGGAACUCCCGAAACCUGAGGAAAGAGAUUCAGAAGAACCCUUGUCUAUGUUUCAGCCCAUCAUUUUAUUUAUCCUCAUAUUAGUCUUGUUCUCCUCUCUCUCUUAUGCCACCAUUUUUAAACUCGUGUUUCUUUUUACCCUCUUUUUUGUCCUGUGAUCAGCAUCCUCAUUAGCAUAGUUUGGCCCC